GGAGCGGUUGGUGAGGUGGAUGAGUCUAGCCGCUGAGUGUAGGAUCGACUGGAGUGGGGAUAGCGUUCGUUUGGGUAGGCCAGUGAGAGAGUGUACGAGUUGUUUGGUGGUGUCUGGGGUGAGGAAUGUGCGCAUCUUGGAGAUGUUGUGGAGGUGGAGCCUGCAAGAUCUAGAUAGCAGUUGGAAUGUGGGGUAGGAAGGAGAGGUGGGAGUCCAGGGUGGGGGGGGGCUUUGGGUGGGGGGUGGUGGGGGGGGUGGUGUGUGGUGUUGUUAGGGUUGGUGGGGGUGGGGGGGGGGGGGGAAGGGACCAGGAGCUCGGUUUUGGAUAGGUUAAGCUUGGAGGAAAUGGAGCAAAAUCCAGUCUGAUAUGUCGUUUAGGAGGUGGGCGAUGCGGGGGGA